GGGAACUGGAAUGGGCUGGCGGGAGGGCCCGGGACGCUGAAGGGGCAGUGGUGCCUCAGCGGGGCCAGGCUAGAGGCGCUGAGGGUCUCGGUGCCGGGCCCUCGCGGCUUCCAUGCCCGAGCCAGCGGUGCGGUGUGCGGCUCCCCCGCAGCCGAGUGCCGGGAGCGCGGCCAUCCAGGCUGGCAGGCUCGGGUGCUGAGGAUGAGGGAAGGUGCACACGCCGGGAGCUGUGCGCGCCUCACCCGCAGCCUGGAGCGGAUCGGGCCGGCUCCCGGCCCUGGGGAGGCAGUCGGCCCGAGGGGAGCUGGGGAGAGCCCCGCACGCCUGGGCGCUUACAGCACAGCAGCCCUCAGCGCAGUUUUUAGCCACCUUGCUUUUAAAAGAGAGUAAACAUGCCUAAAAAAAAGACUGGUGCUCGUAAGAAAGCCGAGAACCGUCGGGAACGUGAGAAGCAGAUAAGGGCUUCACGAGCCAACAUAGACUUGGCCAAACAUCCUUGUAAUGCUUCAAUGGAAUGUGAUAAGUGCCAAAGACGACAGAAGAAUAGAGCUUUUUGUUACUUCUGUAAUUCUGUUCAGAAAUUGCCCAUUUGUGCACAAUGUGGAAAAACCAAAUGCAUGAUGAAGUCUUCUGACUGUGUUAUAAAACAUGCUGGUGUGUACAGUACUGGACUAGCUAUGGUGGGUGCAAUCUGUGAUUUCUGUGAAGCCUGGGUGUGCCACGGGAGGAAGUGUCUCAGCACCCACGCGUGUAUGUGCCCUCUGGCAGACGCAGAAUGCGUUGAGUGUGAAAGAAGUGUCUGGGACCAUGGAGGCAGAAUAUUCGCCUGCUCUUUUUGCCAUGAUUUCCUCUGUGAAGAUGAUCAGUUUGAACAUCAAGCCAGCUGCCAGGUUCUGGAAGCAGAGACAUUUAAAUGUGUCUCCUGUAACAGGCUGGGGCAGCAUUCCUGCCUUCGUUGCAAGGCUUGUUUUUGUGAUGAUCAUGUGCGAAGUAAGGUUUUCAAGCAGGAAAAAGGGAAAAAGCCUCCUUGCCCUAAAUGUGGCCAUGAAACUCAGCAGACAAAGGAUCUGAGCAUGUCAACACGUUCUUUGAAGUUUGGCCGACAGACUGGAGGAGAAGAUGCAGAUGGAGCUUCUGGUUAUGAUGCUUACUGGAAAAACCUUUCCUCCAGCAAGACUGGAGAUACAGGUGACCGUGAGGAUGAAUAUGAUGAGUAUGAAGCAGAAGAUGAUGAUGAAGAUGACAAUGAUGAGCGAGGGAAGGAUUCAGAUUCUGAGGCCACGGAUGUAUUUAGCCAUUUGAAUUUAGGAAGGACCUAUGCGAGUGGGUAUGCACAUUAUGAGGAAUCAGAUGAUUAAGUGCUGGCUUUGGAAGGAGCCAAGCAAUGCUUCACUGAGUUGUGUACAUGCUGGUAGGAUAGCUCUAUUGGGUACUUAGGUAUCAGAGUUAGAGAGCAAAGAGUGUGGGACUUCUGCAGUAACUCCAAAGGACAUUUUUUCUGUAGAUGAACUGAUUAUGUGUUUGGGAUUGGGGGAGAAAAUCAGGGUAUUUUUAUUCCCCUAAACAACAGAAUGGUUUUGUUCUUGAGUUACUGAGUAUAAUGGUUCAAUACCAUUUUCUCCUAUCAACACAGGAAUGUGGGAAAGCUGUAGCUGUUGCUUCCGUUUGCUCAUCAGAAAAGAAGUUAUUUUUUACAAUAAUUUUGUUAACUGAUUUCAUACAUUAUGCAGUGGUGGGCUGGUGACUGCAUUUUCUUUGGUCUGCACAAUAAAAAUCAACUGCAUCUAA